AUGUCAUCAUUUCCAAAUGCAGAGAUACUAUGCACUGAUAUUCAGACUUCAAGACUCGUAAAUUUACUUGAAAUUUCUGAUGUCACUAAAUCUGCUGCAUUAUGCAUUGCAGCGAUCAUCACAAGAGAAAUUGAUGAGAUGUGUGAUCUAAAUAUCAAAGAAACUCUUCUUGUUGCCUAUAAAAUGAUUCAAGAUUCAGAUUCUUCAACACAAAAGAGUUUGUUGUAUCUAAUCAAGCUUUGUAUAGAUGUUAUACAUGCAGAAGAUGCAGCAGAUAUAUUCAUUGAUUCAAAACAAAUCAAUUUUAUUUCGAUAAUUCAUCAGUUUUGCGGAACAGGGAAAUCCGAUGUCGAAGCCGAAACUUUAGAUGCAUUUAUGAGGUUGUUUGUGAAGCUCCAAAACUUAAACAAGCAUCAACAACUUCUUGAAGAGUUUGUACAAUCAGGAUGCUUCAAUCUCCUGGAAGAAAUGCGCGAUACAGAAAAUGAUGAGUUGGUCGAGAUAAUUGACGCAAUAAUUGAGUAUUUAAGAGUUGAUGAAGAAUAA